AUGAGCUCUCUACCACCUCAAGUCCAACGAGUGGCAAGCCACUUUGAGAGGAAGGGCCACCAGCAGAGGGGGCCAUGUGUGCUGAAGAAGCCCACUGAGGCUCGCCCGUCUCUGGGUCGGGAGAAGAGCGUGGACUGCCCCCCCUCCGGAGCCUCUAGGGCCCACGCUCACAAGGGUGUCCCCAGAAAGGGCGCAUCCUUCAGACAGAACUCAGCCACGGAGAGUACGGACAGUUUGGAGCUGUACGUGCCCGAAGCGCAGACGCGACUCUGA